AUGAAAAUGGAAGGCGAAACUGUAACAUUGAAAAGAAAUUUAACUGAAUGGAGAUUUAGCCAAUAUCCAAAGUACAUAUUGCUACCUAUUGACGAAAAUCAUGAUCAAAUAAAAUCCAAUAUAAAAAACGUGAUAUUUUCGGAGGUGACCCCCCGGCCUCUCGACCGUAACAUCCGGCUGGUGUGCGCGUCGGAAGAUGCCUUGACCAAUAUCCUUGAUAUGGACCCCGAGAUGGCCAAUCGCGAGGAGUUUGCCGAGUUCAUUGCUGGCAGAAAACUGCCCUAUGGAGCCCUACCUGUUGCUCAUCGAUAUGGCGGUCACCAGUAUGGUUCCUGGGUGGGGCAACUUGGUGAUGGGAGGGCUGUUAUACUUGGAGAAUAUGUCAACAGGCAGGGAGUGAGAUGGCAGGUUCAGCUGAAGGGAUCAGGUCAGACGCCAUACUCUCGAGUCCACGACGGCAGGGCAGUCCUCCGGUCCACCAUCAGGGAAAUGAUCGCCAGUGAGGCUUGCCACUUCCUAGGGAUCCCCACUACGAGGGCCGCUGGCGUUGUUGUUAGUGACGAAGGAGUGAUCCGGGACGUGUUCUACAACGGGAACCCCCGACGGGAGCAGGCGUCAGUGAUCCUGAGGCUCUCACAGAGCUGGUUCCGCUUCGGAUCCCUGGAGAUCCUGUCGCGAACUGGGGAGAUACAGGUGUUGAGGCAGCUGUCUGAUUUUAUCAUCAAGGAGUAUUUCCCAGACAUACAUUUGACCGACGAAAAUCGUUUCAUAAGGCUGUUCUCCGAAAUCGCUCACAGGACCUUGGAUCUAGUGGCCAAAUGGCAAGGUCUCGGCUUCACCCACGGUCUUCUUAACACUGAUAAUAUGAGUAUUCUCGGUGUGACCCUCGACUACGGGCCGUUCGGUUUCGUGGACUCUUACGAUGGUGGCUUCGUCGCCAAUUGCUCUGAUGGGGAAGGACGAUACGCUCUGGCCAAGCAGCCCGAUGUGGCUGUCUGGAAUGUGGGUCAGCUCGCGAACGCCCUCAAACCGCUUUUGACCUCGUCUCAGCAAGUCCACAUGUCCCACAUACUGAAGACCUUGGAUACUUACUGCAAGAAUAAGAUACUGGAAACCUUCCUCAUGAAGGUAGGUCUGAAGGAAGAACGUUGGGGGGACGAGCUGUUGAUCGAAAAGCUUCUGGACAUGAUGCAGCAGACAGGUGCUGACUUCACGUCGACUUUCAGACAGCUAGCUGAACUGGAACCAUGUGAAAUGGUCAGCGAGAGUAAGUUGGCUGAGAAGUGGGCUUUGAAACGGCUGUCUUCCCACGCGUCGUGGGGAUGCUGGCUGGACCAGUACAGAGAGAGACUGGACAAAGAAGCAGUGGAUGCCAGCUCGUGCGGCAUGUUCGAGGACGAGCGGCGCCGGCGCAUGCUGAGCGCGAGCCCCGCGUACGUGCCGCGCAACUGGCUGCUGCACGAGGCUGUGCUGGACGCUGAGAAGGGGGACUUCCAGAAGGUAAGAUUUCUUCUAGAAGUGAUGCGGAACCCGUACGAAGUGCAGCCCGAGGCUGAGAAGCGAGGUUUCUCCGCGCAGCCCCCGCAGUGGGCCUACGAGCUGAAGAUCAGCUGUUCCACUUAG